AUGGCAAACGGUGCUUUUCCUGAACAGAAUCCGAACCACUGCUCAGAGGUCAACAGCACCUUCCCCCUGACUCAAGGCAACCUCCCGACCCUGACCUUGUCUGGCAAGAUCCGAGUCACCGUCACUUUCUUCCUUUUUCUGCUCUCCACAACAUUUAAUGCUUCUUUCUUGUGUAAACUUCAGAAAGGGGCUCGCAAGACAGAGAAAGGGAAACCGAAGUCAAGAAUGAAGGUGCUUUUAAAGCACUUGACCUUAGCCAACCUGUUUGAGACUUUAAUUGUUAUGCCGCUGGACGGAAUGUGGAAUAUUACCAUACAAUGGUACGGCGGAGAGUUCCUCUGCAAAGUCCUCAGUUAUCUAAAGCUUUUUUCCAUGUAUGUCCCUGCCUUCAUGAUGGUAGCCAUCAGCUUGGACCGCUCCCUGGCCAUCACAAGACCCUUAGCUGUGAAAGGCAACAGCAAAUUUGGACAGCUCAUGAUUGCCUUGGCCUGGCUACUCAGUAGCAUCUUUGCUGGACCACAGCUAUACAUCUUCCGGAUGAUCCAUUUAGCAGAUAGCUCUGGACAGACAGACGGCUUUUCUCAAUGUGUAACACACUGCAGUUUCCCACAAUGGUGGCAUCAAGCCUUUUAUAACUUUUUUACCUUCAGCUGCCUCUUCAUCAUCCCUCUUCUCAUCAUGGUGAUUUGUAAUGCAAAAAUCAUCUUUACCCUGACACGGGUCCUUCAUCAGGAUCCCCACAAAAUACAUCUGAAUCAAUCCAAGAACAACAUACCAAGAGCUCGGCUAAGGACCCUAAAGAUGACAGUUGCGUUUGCCACCUCCUUCACUGUCUGUUGGACUCCUUACUAUGUUCUAGGAAUUUGGUAUUGGUUUGAUCCUGAAAUGGUAAACAAAGUAUCAGAUCCAGUAAAUCACUUCUUCUUUCUCUUUGCUUUUUUAAAUCCUUGCUUUGAUCCACUUAUAUAUGGCUAUUUCUCUCUAUAA